ACAAAUAGAGAAGAAGAAAAACACUUCUUAAUUCUAAUCAAAAUCCCUAAAUCUCUUCAUUUUCACCCAACCAUGGCUGCUGCCUCAUCUCUGCAAUCUCGCACAUCCUCUCUGAAAUCCUCCUCCCAUUCCAUCUACAACAAUGGAAUCAGUAGACUUAUCCUAGACACACCACCGUCAACCCUUAAACUGCACCACCACACUCAAUCAUCCCUAUCAAUCAAAGCAUUUUCAUCACCAUCUCCAACUCCAAUCCUAACUCAAGAUGACUUCAAAAAAAUAGCAGCAGAUAAAGCUGUUGAAUAUGUACGCAGCGGAAUGGUUCUUGGUCUUGGUACUGGAUCUACAGCUGCUUUUGUUGUAUCAAAAAUUGGUGAAUUGCUUAAAUCUGGUGAACUUGAAGACAUAGUUGGUAUACCUACUUCAAAAAGAACCUAUGAACAAGCGUUGUCUCUAGGUAUUCCAUUAUCUGUUCUUGAUGAUCGUCCAGUUCUUGAUUUGUCUAUUGAUGGUGCUGAUGAAGUUGAUCCAGAUCUGAAUCUAGUUAAAGGGCGAGGUGGUGCGUUAUUAAGAGAGAAAAUGGUUGAAGCAGCUUCUGAGAAAUUUGUUGUUGUGGUUGAUGAUACUAAAUUAGUUGAUGGUCUUGGUGGUAGUGGAUUAGCUGUGCCUGUUGAAGUUGUGCAAUUUUGUUGGAAAUAUAAUUUGGUUAAGUUACAGGAAUUGUUUAAUGGAGAGGGCUGUGAAGCUAAAUUGAGAAUUGAUGGGGAUGGGAAGCCUUAUGUUACUGAUAAUGCUAAUUUUAUUGUUGAUUUGUAUUUUAAGACACCAAUUAGAGAUGGAUUAGCAGCUGGUAAAGAGAUCUCGUCGUUCCAAGGUGUUGUUGAACAUGGAUUGUUUCUGGAUAUGGCUACUGCUGUUAUUAUUGCUGGCAAAGAAGGGAUUAGUGUUAAAAGCAAGUGAGAAUUUUCAAUGUUCAAUGGGUGUUUCAAGACUCUACCAGAGGUUCUCUGGGGGAGUUGAGAAAGAAGGUAGAGCUCAGAAGUAGAAGCUGUGGAGUUUGGUUCCUUAAGCUAUUUGGUUGACUGUUUGGAGGCAAAGUAGGAGGAGAACUUUUCAGGGCAAGUAUGGAACAACUGACAGACUUAUUGAUGAUGUAAAAUGCUUGCCAUAUAAUUGGUCUUUUAGUGCGAAAGUGUUUAAAACAUUUCCUUAGAAAUGGUUCUCAAAAAUUGGCAAACUGCAAUCUGUAAGUUGUAACCAGAUUGUUUAGUUCUCUCUUUGUAUCUCACUGCAGCCGUUUCACAGUCUUUGUGACGCGGUCUAUUUUUUUAAUAAACUUAGCCGUUUUGUGCGAAAAAAAAA